AUGUCCCUUCGCACUCUAGGUAUAGGUACCUAUGUCGACCCCAAUAGCAGCAAUCCUUUUCAUCCGAUAGCAACCGCCACGCUCAAUACUCGUGUCUUUGAUGUGGUCCACAUGUUCAGCGAACGAGGAAUCAGCGCGGUUCCAAUUAUCGACGAAAACGGUAUUGUUGUCAAUUUGUAUGAGACUGUUGACGUCAUCACCCUAGUUCGGCUAGGAGAGUACAAAUCUCUGGACCUUACAAUCGCCGCAGCCCUCGCACAUCGGGCUCCCGAUUUCCCGGGUGUGAUUACUUGUACUCCGUCGGACAGUCUCGCGUCCCUCCUCGCGCUAGUGCGCCAACGACGAGUCCAUCGGUUGGUCGUUGUCGAAGGCGAAGACGGGCGCAAGGGUCGUUUGGCAGGGAUCAUCACUCUCAGUGACGUUCUCAAAUAUGUAGUCGGAGAAGACGUUGAUUCUGCCAGCCCUCAGUCAGCCCCGGCUCAACAAUUGGGCAACGAGCUGUCGCAACAAAGCUCGCCCGCGUAA